CGGGCCGAGGCUGGCUACAACGUGCAUGAGUGACUUGCAUUGCAUCCUCUGUCUUUCGACUCUAAAACUCUAUUGUUACGACUUUGAAAUUUUGCGAAGACAAGAUGUCAGAUGCGCCCACGAAAAAGGAGCAGGAGCAGGAAGUUGCGACCGCGAUCCCACCACCACCAGUUCCAGUCGCAGCCGCCCCUCCACCCGACAUCGCAUCUGAUCCCGACGAGGACGACCUACGUCCUCGACGAAUUCGCGCAUUCGAAGGUUGAGUCCAAGGCCCCCGCACCCUCCACAGCAACAGCACCUAAACCCGCUGCACCGCCCUCUUCCGGUCCCGGAAGGCCAGAAGACCUCUCCCCCGGCUCCUUACUUCUCGAAGAUGAAGAUGAAUUUGCCAAGCAGCUGCAGAAAGAAAUGGAGUCCCUCCUCGGCCAGGGCGACUUCCAGAAACAAAUGGAAGACAUCAUGAAAGAGAUGGGCGAGGAGAUGGGAGGCGCGAACCCUCUUGCUGCGACGUCGCCACCACCAAAAGACAGCGGGGCCGCGAAAGAGGCCGACAAGAACUUCCAAGAAACCAUCAAGAAAACGAUGGAGCGCAUGCAAUCAUCUGGCGAGGCUGCGUCUUCUGCCGCGGCUGCAUCAACAGACCAGGACGAUAUGCUCGCGCAGAUGCUCAAAGAGAUGGAGAGUGGUGGGUUUGGGGGUGAGGGAGGGGACGAGGACUUCAGCAAGAUAUUGAUGGGUAUGAUGGAGCAGCUUACGAACAAGGAGAUCUUGUACGAGCCCAUGAAGGAGCUUAACGAUAAGUUCCCUAAGUGGAUGGAGACGAACAAAGAAAAGGUGGGCAAGGAUGACCUGAAGCGAUACGAGGAGCAGCAGUUGCUUGUUGGGGAAAUCACAACGAGGUUUGAAAGGAAAGGGUACAGUGAUGGGGAUCCGAAGGACAGAGAAUAUAUUGUGGAGAGGAUGCAGAAGAUGCAAGCCGCAGGUUCUCCGCCGCCAGACUUGGUAGGCGAUAUGCAUGCUGCGCAAGAAGUACUCCAGGAUAUGGACCAGGGAUGCCCGACACAGUAGUUUCUUGCACAGUAGCCAACGUCCCUUGACUCUUCCAGAUACCCACAAUGUAUAUGUCUCCCGUUCAACUUCGCUGGCUAAUUCGCAAGUGGCUGGUUCCAACAACAUAUUGGGACAGUAUACACAGAGCUGAGCCAUGAAAAAAUAAUUAUACAGCGAACGUGUGCGUGACGUCUAGCCGUCCGUCAUAUCCAUGUCCAUCGCGUCCGUCUCGUGGAAAUUGGUACUCGAGAGUUGCGAUUGUUGCUGGAGUUGGUGAUUUGCCGUCGCACAUUCCAUGAAUAUCGA